AUGCCGCGGGGCUUGACAUCGGCGCAAUUAGAGAAUAUUCUCUAUGACGAUAAUGUCACAGAGUUGGGGGACAGUGAUCUCUCUGAGGAGGACGAUGAAGAUGACUCUGAUUACAUACAAUCAGACAGGGGGAGUGAUGAUGAAAAUGAAAGUGAAUCUGCUCCUGCUCAUUCCAGCAAGAAGCGGAAAAGGGAUGGUGGGGAGUCCGGGCUUGUAGUAGGUGCUUCCUCACUAUCAGCUUCUCAGCCACUGCAUGACCUCGCUAGUCAAGCGCACACACCAUCUACAUCCCAAGCUCAACACCAAACAAUAAAUGCUGAUGCUGAUGUACAAUGGGAAUGGAGAGAUGGGCAUGACUUUUUGCCCACUGAUUUUCAGUUUGAUCUUCAUGGUCGUGGUAUACCACAUGGACUCGUUCAUGAUGGCAGCACAGAGAGUGAAUAUUUUAGGUUGUUUUUCACGGAAGACAUAAUGGCUCAUAUAGUCAAAGAAAGCAACAAGUUUCAUGGCUUUAUGAUAGCAGGUAAAAUACUCCAUCCACACUCUCGUUUCUUGCAAUGGCAGGACACAGAUGUAAAAGAAAUGUACUCAUUUUUGGCUUUAGUUAUGCUGAUGGGGCUCACUCCAAGGGAAAAUUAUAAGGAAUACUGGUCGACAGAUCCACUUCUUCGCCAGCCUAUUUUCAGUAAAAUCAUGUCAGUAAACAGGUUCAUUGCUUUGCUACAAGCCUUACACUUCCAAGAUAACACUCAGCCAACUGAUGAUGACAAAAUGAGAAAAAUAAGGCCCAUCUUUGACUACAUUUGCCAUAGUUUCAAGUCAUCAUUCAAACCAUUUCAAAAUUUAGUUAUUGAUGAAAGUUUGGUUCAGUGGCGUGGUAAUUUACACUUUCGCCAGUACAUCCCAUCCAAGCGCCACCGAUUUGGCCUAAAACUAUUUGUUCUUUGUGACUGUGAAACUGGCUUCAUUUUGGAAAUGAUUUUGUACACUGGGGCAAGAACAAACAUCAAAGAGAAUAAGAAGUUGGGCAUAUCAGGAAGCGUUGUCAGUACCAUGCUUGAGUCUUACCUUGGUCAAGGACAUAUACUUUUUGUUGACAACUGGUACACCAAUCCUACACUGCUCCACUAUCUGCAUGAGAGAAUGACUGGGGCCUGUGGUACGGUAAAGCCAAAUCGCAAGUUUAUGGCCAAAUUCCCCAUCGGACUGCAGAAAGGCGAUGUUGUUCACAAGCAGGCAAACAACAUUCUUGCAGUGAAAUGGAAGGACAAGAGAGACGUUCAUCUCCUCACCAGUGUCCACGAACCAAAGUUGCAAACGAGUGAGAACAUUGACCAUUCCACAAAAACCUUCAUCGACAAACCUGAAUGUGUUAUUGUCUACAACCAAAACAUGCGCCUUGUAGAUAAAAGUGACAGCAUGAUGUCAUCUGUGGAAUGUUCAAGGAAAACAAUGAAAUGGUACAAAAAGAUGUUUUUUCAUCUGAUUGACUGUGCUGUCCUCAACGCCCAUAUUAUAUACCAGGUCAAAACUGGCGAGAAGCCGACACUCCAUGACUUCACAAGGGAGGUAAUAAGACAGCUUCUUGAGCAGUAUUCGGAGCCUCUUCCUACAGCAGGACGACGACGAGCAUCUCAUGGUGACGAUCCUACACGUCUCACAGGUCGUCAUUUUCCCAAGUAUAUCCCACCUACAGCUGCCAAGAAAAACGCCCAAAAGCCUUGCCACGUCUGCCGCACCACCACACUCCGGCCAAAGCAACGCAAAGAUACGAGGUUCAUGUGUGUGCCCUGCGACACGGCUCUUUGUCUGGACCCGUGUUUUGAGGUAUAUCACACUCUCAAGAUAUACUAG